AUGAAGCCGCCGUCACUACAACCUUCACACAGUUCUCAUCAUCCUCACAACUCAAGCGCUUCUUUAUCCUCACUAAUCUCCUUAUGCAUGUUUGAAAGGUGUGGUGCAAUUCUAACAGAAGUAGAUGUUGACGAGUCUAUGUCCCAUACCGAAACUCAAACAGUUGCAAACGAUAAUGGUUUGUGUGUUGUGAUUCCUGUUAAGGAGUUGACUCAGAUUUGUAGAGAGGAAGGUGUUGAACAGGUUUUUGUUUUUGUUGAUGCUGCUCAUUCCAUUGGGUGUACUGGUGUUGACAUGCAAGAGAUUGGUGCUGAUUAUUACACUUUGCAAAUGGGUUGGCUGUGGAAAGUUCUUGGAUUGGGACUAAGGAGUAUAGUUCUCAGUUGGUGGUGCCUGAUGCCUUGGAAUUUGUGA